AUGUCAAAACAAAAUACCAACAAAGAGAAUUCAUUAGAAGAUAUAGAUCUCCUUGGCUCUAAAGGAGAGGAAACCAAGAUAGGUAAUCCCGAGACUGACCCUACUUUUAAAUAAACACUACAAUAAGGAAUUGAGGGUCUCCCAAGAUGAAGUGCCUAUCGUCCUGAAUGAUCUUAAUGAUAGUGCUCUAAAAUAUAUUUCAAAAGAGCAAUACGAAAUUGCUAUCGUCUUAUUUCAGAAAGCUCAAGGUAUCAUAAAUGUGGUCUCCCUCGAUCAUUGCAGAAGAGACCAACAGAUGGGCUUUCUGGUGUUUCACAAUAUGGCAGCUUGUUAUCAACGGAUGAAUAGUCUUGAGGAGUGUGCUAUCGCAUUUCAAAACUCCCUCAGGCUUCUCGGAGACUACAGCUCCUUGAAAAAUCAAUCUAUUUCGCAAAGGAUGGUGAUGAUAGAAAGAGAAGCAAAGAUUAGAAUGCAGCUAUGAGCCCUUUUCUCCCAGCUACAUAGACAUAAAGAUGCCUUGGAGCAGGCAACUUUGAGUAUAAAAUUACUUCAUUGCUUGUUCAAAGAUCUUGAUGCUCUCUGAAGAUUUUACAUUGAAAAAUCAAACGAUGACGAACUCGAAAUCAUUGAAGAGCAUUUACAAAGCAAAGGAGAAAGCCUGAACGAUGAUCAUAAAGCAUAUUACGAUUGAAUAACCCAAAUGAUGAAGAGUAACCCUGAGACGGCUAUCCAGGCUUCUAAGAACCAGCUUGAUGAAGGUAUAUCCCUUAUGGAGAAAGCUGCUAAAUAAAAUCCAUCCUGUGAUUAAAGAAGUGUUGGAGAGAUCAGUGAAGGAGAAGAAUAUUAAUUCACAAAAUCCCAAUGAAAAAUAUAUAACUGAUAAAGACCCAGACAAAAAGUAUCCUGAAAAUUUUGGAAAAGCGAUUGACGAGCCAGCCGAUGAUGAAGAUCUCCAAUUUCAAAAUUUAAAUCAACAAAAGAACAAAUUAGAUGAUAGCGAUCUUGACUUUGAUGAAAAGCUUGACAUGAGAUCUGUUCUAGGAUAUUUUAAUCAAUCAGAGUGGAUAGGCAAUAUAAAUAUCGGCAAUAUCAUGCAAAUCAUUCCUUUGAAGAAUAAAGACUUAAUGAUAGAUGCCAAGAAUGAGAACCAACUCACAAGACCUUCUUUCUUGGAGAAGAUCGCCCUCUUAGCAGCUGGAUAUUUUUGUGUAUCAACAGAGAUCAGAUUCAUCCUUCAGUUGGACGAAGAUCCAACCUUCUCGAGAGAGGAUAAAGAGCCUGAAUCUGAAUACUGGCAUGCUAAAAGCUUAGAAAUUGCUUGAUGCUUUCUUCCCAGUGACUGCCCUCUUGUAAAUCAUAUCAUGCUUAGUUACCAAAAACAUCAUUCGCCUGCGCAGCAACUUAUUAAAGAAGAUGAGGAGAAUGAAGAUGAGUUGUUUUGUGUAAAACCUUUGAACGGAAUAGAUUGCAAUAAAUUUCAACCUUUAAUCAGGAAAUUAAACGAUGUCAAUGUUCUCAUAACUCCUUGUGGACUCUCCCCUGCAUAUAAAGUCACAAAUAAUCUUCUUAAAGAAUACAAAGAGGGGUUGAUCAAAUACUUCUCCGAUGACAGCCUUGAAGAAACAAUAAAAAGAGAUGACUUAAAUAUUUCUCAAAACCGUUCAAAACAGCCUCAAGCAAAUGCUCAAGCUGUGGAAGAGUAUAACAACUUUGAUAAGAUCAAGAGCUCAUGCUCUGUAAAUUCCAAUUUUGAGGCAAGGUCAAAGUCUCUUAUUGACAGCCUUCUCAUGAACAAAAAGAGUGUCAUCGAUAUCCUCUCACAACAAACAAGUAAUGGAGAGAAGCAAAGACUUCUUCAGAAAAUAUUUGAAGACCUCGACUCUGGGUAUUUUAAAAACAUCUCUGAAGACCCUAAAACUCUCAAGGAAGCUAAUGGUUCUGUAAGCAAUAUGGAGCACACAAAGUCCAUGGCAGUUGCUGAUGAGAGCCACGACAGCUUAUUUUAUGAUGAAGAUGCUCCUAAUAAGAACUUGAAGGAGAAAAUGACAAGUCAUAGUUUCCAUAAGCGUCCUUUGAGCCAGAACUCAUGAAUAAGAUCAAAGAGUACUCGUCAAAAGAAAAGGAAGAAGACUCCUGUCAGGCAUAAAUCAAAAGGACAGCAUAGCUUGAUCUCCAAUAUUCAUGGAUCAAAUUCUAAAAUUACUCAGGACACUCAAGAUGAAAAUUAUUCUCGUUCAAAACUGAUUGAUGACAGUAAAUUUGGAAGCAAAUAAAGCAGUAGUAAAUGCUAGUAUGAGGCCAAAGUCCUCAAGAGGAAAUCGCUCUUUUGAUUCAAGAGGGAAUAUCAAAGGAGUCAAAUAUGAAGCACCAAGUAAAAAGACCCGUGCGUCUGCCUCAGGAAAUUCAAAAGGAAAGAAUGAAGCGAGCAAGAAGAAGAAGAACUAUAGUUGAGCUGGUCAAUUCAAUGCUGAUAAAUUACUAGCAAAGUAUCGACAACUAAGAGAUAAUACAGGAAGUUGUAGCUCUUUUUCUGGCAUAGAACAUCCAAUCAACAAUUUAGUGUCUUCCAUACGUGAUAAGAACAGUAGAAAUAUUGAAAAAUUUGGAGAGAAGGCAAUCCUAAAUAGUAAAAUGGACAUUAAGGAAUGUAAUUCACAAUACUUGAUCAACUCAGAUAGCUUCAAAGGAAAUCAUCAUCACAAUCAGUCAUUCGACAUAAAUUAUCACCCAAGAGCUCUUAAAAGUAAAAAGAAAAAGGAAGAAGCCAAUAAAGCUCUUUUGAAUUUCGAGGAAAUGAAGAAAAAGAUUAUGAAAGAUUAUGCAAAGAAGCCAAAGAAAGAGGCUAAGUCUAAGGGAUCUAAGCCAUCACACAACAGGCAUACUGCUGGACCAAUUUCAGGAUAUUUCAAUUCUCAAAAAGAAGAUUUGCUUAAAUACGAUAAGCACAGAGAUUCUCAAAUGAAAUGUAAAAGAGAUGAAGAUUCCCUAUUUACCAAUGAAAAUCAUUCAAAGAAAAAUAUCAAGAAACAAGGAUCCAAGCACAGCUUUGCAACAAUCUAUGAUGCAAAUAAUUUUGGAAAUUGGGGCCCAAACGUGCCUUUGAGUCAAAAAUCAAUAAAUUUAGGAGGAAUAGCUUUGAAAACUCAGCCUAGUCGAAACAAAAAGCACACGCCUUCAAAAUCAAAGGGACCCAGAUCAACAUUUGGUCAGAAACGUAAGAGCAAGUGUGGAAACAUUGAAAAUAAGAGUUGCAAUUACAUAACUUCACAUAAACCCACUAAAUCUACAUCAAUACUGACCUCCUCAAAGAUUCAUCACACAAAACCUAAAUCUGGAUCUAAGAAGGAAGAUGGCAGGUGUAAGGGCCAAAGAGUGAAGAAGGAUCAUGAGUCAAGUGUAUUCGAACCAGUGCCUCACUCCAUUGCUAAUGCCAAGACCUUGCUUUAAGUAAAAUAAUAAUUGUCGAUUACAGCCGUAAUGAGUAGCUUAAGAAUCUUCCAGAAAAUAUGUUGUGAAUUUGUACCUUUCAAUUUGAAGAU